ACCCUUCAUGCAAACAUUCGAUUUUGGUCCCAUAUCCAUUCCUGCCCCAACUCACAGACCUGUUCAUCAAAGCUAGUAUAGCAGGGUGGCUAGACUUGCAACACAUCUGAGUCACGGGCAUUCUCCAGCGCUGCCUGUGGACCGGGUAGAUCUGCGCAAUCCCAUCUGACGUUCACUCGUACGCAGCCACUACGAUUCAACGAGCCAUUGGACAUGGGAGAUAACUACCGUAUCGAUGAUACCUUCUUUGUACCGACCAUGGGUAAUGUCUCGACCCGAUCUCGAACAGGCUGCUUAACGUGCCGACGCCGUAAGAAAAAGUGCGACGAACGGCACCCGAUAUGCAGUGGUUGCGACAGAAAUCAGCUUCCCUGCGAGUGGGUUUCUAAUGAGCUGGUGUCUAAAACACGACGGCCACGUUGUCGUCGGCAGCUUGCGGUGACCCAACUACCGCAUGAGGCACAGACAAUGGUCAAUGUGUUCGCCAUUCCGAAGCCCGGGAUGGUGCAGCGGCUAUUGUCACAUUUUAUAGAUCACAGCCCAAGGUGGUUAUCAACCAGGACUGGGAAACGCAGAUCAGACUUUCUGCAAUAUUUGUUGCCCGCGGUCUCGCGAAACCUACUGGUUCAUAAUUGUGUUCUCAUGAUAGCCUCGGCUGAUCUGGCCAAAUAUUGUCGUGGCGAUGUCGAAGUGCAAGGCGUAGCAGUAGAGUACUAUGGGAAGGCCGUUUCCGCUUUGCAGGGAUCGCUGAACGAGGAGCUGACUGCUGUGGCUGCAUACAACCUACCGGGAUCCGAUUACACCCCUUUGGCAGUCCUACUGUUGUGUCUGCAUGAGUGUCAGAACUUUACAAACAGCACGCGCAUAGUGCCCCAUCUUAACGCUGCCGCCGCGCUCCUGCUUCGUCGCCUGCAUUACACUCCCGAGGACCUGCCACUACGAAGCUUUUUGUUCGAACUAUUUUGCUACUAUUUCUCCCUGGUAGCCUUCUCGCACGGCUCUAGACUUUCGCUUAGUCAAGCAUCUGCUAUCUUCAGCUCUCCCAUUGUCACCCAAUAUCUCCAGCAAGGCAAUGUCAUGGGCACAUCGCAGCGUCUCUUCAUGUGUAUCUUUCGAAUAUCCAUGUUGGCGGAGAAGGUCGCAUCCGAGCGGCAGUUCCACGACUCACCGGCACGAACGGAGCUUACCGGGCUUGCGCAGCAAUUGAUCACCUGUCAACUUGAGCUUCCCCCAAGAACAGACGCAGAUAUCGCCUGGCUUAACGACGCAAUAACAUCCGAACUCUACCGCCUGGCAUGUCUGAUAUAUAUCAAAAAGGUUCUAGAUCCCGCGCUGUCUGACGACAGUCCACCUAUUCAGGCGCUUGUCAUAGCGUUUGCUGACAAUUUGGGCCAUCUACCACCCGACGCCCCGUCGAAUAACAUUCUUUGCUGGCCGCUGGUUGUAGCUGGGCUCUCUGCCGUGGAGAGUACACACCAGCGGGCCAUUAGCAUAAGACUGGGACAAAUCUAUGACAUAUGGCGGUCCGAUAUACUUUGUCAAAGUGCCGCGUUUUUGCGACAGAAGUGGCGGCGCGAUCGGAAUCCGAAUCGCUGUUUCGCAUCAGCCUCCUGUGGAGAGCAGGAAAAGGGUGAAGAUCGCUCAACGGCUGCAGUCAAUGAUAUACUCAACCUUCAGUUCCCGGUAAUUCUGGUUUAGCCAGUGGCAUGAAUACAAAUGGGAAACGGCUUGUUUACGUCAUUUGUCUCACUUAUCACCGCGAACGACGACUUGCACUCUGCCUCUGAUGGCCUUCGCCUCCUUCAUACAGGAUGCAAAAAUGCAACAUUUAGACUACGUAUAACACGUCCGGCAUCAAGGUGUCCAUUCCUCUUACUGCUGUCGGUGUGAAUGCGU